AUGGGAGGUUGUGUCUCGAUUAGCAGUCGAAGUUCUUGUAGUACUAGGAGCAACGAAGAGACAGUUUAUCCCCCAUGUUUUGGGAUAGAUAUGUUUGGGCGAAAGAGAAGUAGGAAAACAUUUUCUGACCACGUCACUACUUUGCAACAUUUGUCUUCUAUACAUAGUCGCAUAUACACCAAUGGGAGGAGCCGUUCUUCCUGCAUAUUCACUCAGCAGGGUCGUAAAGGCAUAAACCAGGAUGCCAUGCUUGUGUGGGAAGAUUUUAUGUCAGAGGAUGUAAUCUUUUGUGGUGUAUUUGAUGGCCAUGGUCCGCAUGGACAUCUGGUGGCUCGCAAAGUGCGGGAUGCGCUUCCUGUGAAGCUGAUGACAUUUUUACAUUCUUUUGAAUCAAAGAAGAAUGGGACUAGUGCUAAUUGCUGCAAUAAGAAUGCAAAAUCAGAUGUAGUAGAUCCUGAAAGGGGUAUCCCGGCAGAUGAUAAAGUGGAUGUGUUGUGGAGAGAAUCUUUUCUUAAAUCAUACAAGGCCAUGGACAAAGAGUUGAGGUCCCAUCCUAAUUUAGAUUGCUUCUGUAGUGGUAGCACUGCGGUCACUAUAGUAAAACAGGGUUCAAAUCUUUUCAUGGGCAACAUUGGCGAUUCUCGAGCAAUUUUGGGAUCCAAAGACGGUAAUGAUUCUUUGGUGGCUAUCCAAUUGACUGUUGAUCUAAAGCCCGAUUUGCCAAGGGAGGCAGAAAGGAUUAAACGGUGUAGGGGUCGAGUGUUUGCUUUGCAAGAUGAGCCUGAAGUGCAAAGAGUUUGGCUGCCGUUUGAUGAUGCCCCUGGAUUAGCAAUGGCUCGAGCAUUUGGGGAUUUUUGCUUGAAGGAAUAUGGAGUUAUCUCAAUCCCUGAAUUCUCUCAUCGGAUUCUUAGUGAUAAAGAUAAAUUCAUUGUUCUUGCUUCAGAUGGGGUUUGGGACGUCUUGAGCAAUGAAGAAGUGGUUGAGAUAGUAUCAUCAGCUUCGACACGAUCAUCAGCUGCAAGGAUACUGGUCGAGUCUGCUGCUCGUGAAUGGAAAACCAAAUAUCCAACAUCGAAGAUGGAUGAUUGUGCAGUGGUUUGCUUAUUUUUAGACGGGAAGAUGGACUCUGAAUCCGACUACGAUGAACAAGGGUUCUCAUCUGCUACCCUCCAGAGCAAUCAUUCUGGUAAUGCUGUGGAAUCAGAUGAUGGCCACAACCCAGAGCCCUGUCUGCAGAGAAAUUUCACUGUCCGAUCAUCUGAAGAGAAUGAUCCCAACAAUAGAAUACCUACAGAUGUUGAAGCUAACGAGGAAAAUGUUGCAAAUGAAGACCAGAACUGGUCUGGAUUGGAAGGUGUUACAAGGGUCAAUUCCUUAGUUCAACUUCCAAGAUUUUCAGAAGAAAGGCCAAGGCCAUAG